GUGGUGUGUUUACCUAUUUUUCUUGCACACGGAUCUUGGAGUGAAAACACAUAAAACCCCGAAUUUCACCAGUUUUUGUCAUAAGCUGCACGAAGUAUUGAGUGAAGUCUGAUUGACAUUACCUUUUGAAACGUACAACUCGAGUUCAAUUUCAUCACCAUGCCUGAUGUCAAGUGUGUCUGCUGCAAGGAGGGAAAUGAGUGUGCCUGCAAGGGACAGAAUUGCUGUACAACUGGUGAAUGCUGCAAGGGUGGAACCUGCUGCACUUGGAAAUGCUCAAAUGCGGCAUGCAAGACGUGUGCUGAUGGCUGCAAGUGUGGAAGCGGCUGCUCAUGCACUGAGGGGAACUGUCCAUGCUAGAUGAGCUGGGCCCUUUGCUAUAGGGAUGGCAGAUUGAGCAUACAGCUGAUGAAGUCACUCAGCGCAUCUGCCAACAUGCUCCAAGCAGACAUGACUUUGUAUAUACUUUCGACCCGAUGUUUUAUAUUUUUGUUGUAAGAUAGUUGUACAUGUAUAUUAAAUUAAUUUAAACUUUAUUUUUUCUGAAAUAUGAGACUUAUUGGCAUUAAUUGGACUACUUAAAAAACAGUAAUUAAUUAAGGCCGACAGUAAUCAUAAUACUAAUACUCGGUUUUAUAUAGCGCUUAUUAGAAUCACUAAGCGCUUCCAAACUUGGAGAGUAUUACCCCAGCUUUAGCUGUGCUGCCAUGAUAGAAUUUUUCUCCAUUUGUUACUGCCCUGUAUUGUAAAUUCUUCAGUCUGUUUCUAACUUUUAUCAAAUUGUCAAAUUUGGAAUGAAGAUAAUAAUAAUAUAGCGUAUUUGUAAUGCGCCAACUCCACAUUACUAAUGUGUUCGAGACUCACCUAUGAUUAAAUUUCAAUAAUACUACAAUGUACAUUCAGUAUGGGUUGCUUAUUUUCUCUUAUGAUUUAUUUGGGAUGGUAUAUACUGAGGAAAUAUUAAGUAGAUUUAUUGCGGUACUUUGAAGAAAAGAGAGAUGUGUAAUUUAGAGAAUUGAGUGCUGCAGAGGAAAUGUGGGGAGAAUGGAGAUUACAUAAGAAGCUCAAAGGUUGAAAGAACAACUAUAAUAGCCUCGGUAAUUACAAACUAGCAAGAGAAGGAGUUCGGAGGCCAGAGUUAUACAUGUACUGCGGGUUACACAGAGAGAGGGAGAAAAAAAAAGGAAAAAAAACGUGUACGGGAGAAGGGGAGUGAGUAUGACCAGAUCGGAAUGAGAACAGGGAGAGAGAGAAAGAAAACAAAAAGACGUGGACAAGAGAGAGAGAGUAUGACCAGAUGGGAG